GGAAUGUCUUGGCAGAGCAUUGUGCGGAGCUUCUUGAAGGAGCGUCUUUGCCAUCGUAACAUUCAAAUGUUUAAAGAUUCAAAGAAGAGACAAACCUGUUUGAAUACUGUGGUGACGACGUGUCCAAUAGAAUGAAGGGAAAUCUGCAGAAUGAACUGUUUCAUGUUCACCUUCUUUGUUUUCCUUCACAGAGCAGAACGUGUCAACCACACAAGACCAGCUGUGAGUGUGUGCGUGUGUGUGUGUGUGUGUGAGGUCAUGUCAGGCAUGACGAGCGGCGUGUGUGUGGAGAGCGACCUCUCCUCGAUGCUACAAAGAAGCUCCGCCCCCUCUCACCAUCACCCGAAUCACCAUGGUUAUGGUGGACAGGGACAGGUGUCGAGUCUCGGUCCGAUGCUGGACUACACCACCGAGAUGGACCGCUACCGUUCCUCCAUCGCCAGCUUCUACAAGACCAACGUGAACAUGAACGUCUCGAACUUCCCUCAGUCCGCCAAACUGGCGGCGCGUUUGGCGGCCGCCGCCCCUAUUUUCCCCCCCGCCGCCGCCAGGCUGGGCGCCAUGGCGACGGGGCCCUGGGGUUGUCACGACAACAUGAACAUGAAUCACCCGGCGGCCAUGUUCUGGGGCCGACCCAAACCGGCGACGCACCACCACCACCACCCCCACCACCCCUCAGCAACACCGGGUCACAUGACCUCAAUACACCCCAGUACCAGCAUGCACCAGGGCGGCGGGGGGGCGGGAGGGGGAGGAGCUGGAGGGAGCAGUGAGGGGGGAGGAGCUGAGAAACACGGACACACCCCCUCCUCACAAGGAGCCGCGCACCAUCACCCCAUGGCGCCUAGCAACGGGAACUUUCUCCCUGGUUAUGGCGGGGGGGCGGAGUGCGGCGUCAUGAACAAACAGGGACACGCCCACCCGGACAUGAUGGGCCUAUCGGAGGGCGGGGGCUGCAAUGGGGGAGGGGUGAUGGGCAGCAGCUUCCUGGGGGGGCUGGGAUUACCCCCCGGGGUCAUCGUCAUGGCGAUGGGGUCGGCGGGAGGUGGGACUUUGGACGCCGGCAGCGCCUUCCAGAUGACCGGCGGCCAACGGGCGCUAACGGACUGCCAGCAGCACGCCAACUCCUCCCCCUGCCCCUCCUCCUCCUCGCCGUCGUCGUCGGGGGUGACGGGCGGGGGGGGGCGUGGCCUUGUCGUCCUCGUCAUCGGGGGCGACGGCCAAGAGGAAGAGGAAGCGGUGCGGCGUGUGCGGGCCGUGCCGACGGCUCAUCAACUGCGGCGUCUGCUCGUCAUGCCGCAACCGCAAGACGGGUCACCAGAUCUGCAAGUUCAGGAAGUGUGAAGAGCUGAAGAAGAAACCGGGGGGAGGAGGG